UGUCGUUUUGUGACGUCACUUCCGCUUAGCGACUCCCGCCAAUUGGUUGACUUGAGUCUCUACUAUAAAACAUGUCGCCUGCGAGAGAACUGACAACUAUCCGCAGCUUUGUCCGUGGACAACUCCGCGAUGAGAAAGAUUUAAGCUUGCUGACUCUGGGGUUGUUAAAAAGGCGAUAUUUGGCCCUCGCCGGAGGUGAAUGUCUAAGUCCAUCUGCCAAAGGUUUACUGAAACAAGUGGUGGAAGAAGAAUUGAUCAAAAUGCAGGACGUAACCAAAAGCGGAAGUGAGUCGGAGACAAAGGAGGACACACCAAACAAAAGAAAGAGAGAAAGAGAAAAGCACUCUGCGAGUGAGAGUGAAUGUGAGGUUGAGUCCAAGCAAAAGAAGUCCCGUGGUUAUGUGAACUCCACGCCUGCAGAAUCAGAAGAUAAAGAGGACAGCAGCGAAGAAAGUGUGGCAAGUGAGGAAGAAGAAGAAGAAGAAACAAAAACUAGAGCAGGUGAUGCAGUGCAGGAGAUAACAAAUGCAGAGCGUCAAGAAGACUCUGAAGACGAGGAAGUAGUUGCAGAGUUAAAAAGCAACACACCAAAGACGAAAACAGACCACAGUGAGGAAGACGAGGAUGAAAGUGACUCAGACCAGAGCGACACGCAAAACGCUUCUGAUGGAAGCAAAAAAGAGGGAAAAGUUCUGGCAGAAAAAGACACAAACCAGACAGAUUCUGAUUCAUCAUCUCUGCCCUCCCUGGAUGAUGAUCAAGAAAUAGAGAGACAAAAAAAGCAAGUCAAGAGUAAGGAAGACAAAGAUCAAGAUGUUAGAAAAAAGACAUCGAGAAAAAGAGAAGAAAACGGUGGCGAAAAAAGUCAGAAGGAUAACCACAAGGCAGUCGUGAGGCUCAAACGCUACAUUUCUCUGUGUGGCGAGAGGCGCAAUUACAAGAAGCUGCUGGGUGAUUGUAGGAGUGUUCGCUCCAUGGUUGCUGUUCUAAAGAAGGAGCUGGAAGAUCUUGGUGUUCACGGUCAGCCAUCCAUAGAGAAAUGUAAAAAGUUACGUCGCAAGAAAGAUGAAGCUAAAGAACUUGCUGAACUGGAUGUCAACAACAUAAUUGAAACACAAGGUCGACCUAAACGGAGAGGAGCCGUUGCGCGACACGGACAAUGUGACCCCGCGCCCUCCACGUACCAGCGGUCAUUGAACUCUGGCUCCGGUAGCGAUCAGGAAAACGACAUACAGCGAGGACGCAGAAAAACAGACUGGGCCAACCUCCAAGGAAUCAUCAGCGAUGAUGCGGACAGUGACUGAGGCAGUUAUUGUUUGGUUGUUAGCAACAUUAAGAAACUUUCACGAAAUUAGAUAAGAAUCAGCUAAUUAGAUUUUGGGGAUGAUCUGGAUCACCGUCCGGAUUUCCGGAUGUUUUUCUAAGAAUUCUUAACUAUUUGGAGAUAGGGCCUAGAUCUCCAAGUGCUUUUCUAGUUUUUCAUGCAAGUAUUUAGAACGAGACGAUUCCUUUUAUUACUGUUAUAAAAUGCUUAUUUCAAUUAUGAGUUACCGUACAUUUGAUGCAGUGUGUUGUACAGAAUGUUAUAUAAAUGUUGAUGAAGCCUUAAACAAUAAAAUUAAUACAAUGAUUCACAUUUAAAAA